CUCUCUCUCGCUCUCUCCUCCCCUCUGAGAUAGAGAGACACAGCUUUGGUUAGAGGACGAAGAAAAACUGGGAUUUUGCAAGCGGGGAAUUGGCCAAAUUAAACGUAAUCAUGCUGUUGUUAUAUCACUCUCACAUCUGGCCUCAGGGUGAUUGGCGGGGGCACCUCCGCCUGUGCCUGCUGUCUGUGCGGUCAACCAGGGGGUGACAGGACAAGCGAGGUGGGCAAGGACGAUCCAUGGCGCACUAACCAUGCCUCCGGCCCGGCCCGGAGCACCAAACUUUCAUCGGCAACGCCCGGAAGUGAGUGGGAUCGACACGGCAUUUCAGGUGUUGGAGCGGAUAAAGAAUACACUAGGCUUUCUGUUGUCUGUCCACUGUAAGUGCUGCUGAGGACUGGCUGCUCCAGAUUCCACUGACUGAACCGCCCAUCCGCGCAUCUGUCUGUGUGUGAAGGAUUGUUUUAUCCUGGGGUCCCAAGGCUUUGCACUGGCUGAACCAGAGCCAUGGAGGUGGCCCUGGUAGACUUUGAGAGCCUGGGUGAUCUUGAUGGCAGCCUUGAAGAUGAGUUGGACACCUAUGCUGAUGAGACUACAGCUCUCACAGUGGACAUCCCCCAGGGGCCCAACAGCCCUCGCAGCAAGUACCUUCUGCGAGUCCCUCAGCUGUCUUCUACACCCUCCCACCACAGUCCAGUGUCUUCCCACAUGUGGGAAUCCACCUCAUCUUCACCCAUUCCUCAGACACAGACACUGACAGUACCACAGUCUCCAACCAUGCCAACUCCAAACAGACAGGGACGCAGCAGCUGCGCCAGUAUGAUCUCAAACUGGAAGUUACUGCUGAACAGCGAGGGCACUAAGGAAAGUGAGACCAUUUUCAGCCGACUUGCCAAGGAGUGCUGCGAGGAUCUGUUUGUUGAUAAAAAGGGUCUGGAUGACGGAGACCAGAAAGUCAUCAUCAACAUUGCAGGUCUUCGUUUUGAGACCCAGCUUAAGACAUUGGACCAGUUUCCUGAUACACUGUUAGGAGAUCCUCUGAAGAGGAUGGACUAUUUUGAUCCAAUGAGAAAUGAGUAUUUCUUUGAUCGAAACAGACCCAGCUUUGACGGGAUCUUGUAUUACUAUCAGUCAGGGGGUAAGGUGAGGCGUCCAGCUAACGUUCCCCUGGAUGUGUUCGCAGAUGAAAUUUUGUUCUAUGAGCUUGGAAGCGAGGCCAUGGAGCAGUUCAGGGAAGAUGAGGGAUUCAUAAAGGAUGUUGAAAUCCCUUUACCUGACAAUGAUGUGUACAGACAAUUCUGGCUGUUGUUUGAGUACCCAGAGAGUUCGAACGCAGCCCGAGGUGUAGCACUGGUGUCCGUUUUUGUCAUUGUAAUAUCCAUCAUUAUUUUCUGCAUGGAGACUCUGCCAGAAUUUAGAGAUGACAGUGACCCAAUCGUGCCCACAGCUGUACUGCCUUUCAACUACUCUACAUUUUACACUUCUGCGGCUCCGUCUGCUACGAAGCCCACAACUUUCUCUGAUCCCUUCUUCAUCAUUGAGUCUGCAUGCAUUGCGUGGUUCUUCUUUGAGCUGUGUGUGAGAUUUGUGGUCUGUCCUAGUAAAAAGGACUUUUUCAACAACCUCAUGAACAUCAUAGACAUUAUAUCCAUCAUCCCUUAUUUUGUUACUGUGGUUACAGAACUGGUCACAACGCCUCAGGAGAGCUCAGGACAGAACAUGUCUUUGGCUAUUCUGCGAAUCAUUCGUCUGGUGAGAGUGUUUCGUAUAUUCAAACUCUCACGUCACUCCAAGGGGCUGCAGAUCCUGGGACAGACUUUGAAGGCCAGUAUGCGUGAGCUAGGGUUGCUCAUCUUCUUUCUCUUCAUUGGAGUCAUCCUCUUCUCCAGUGCUAUCUACUUUGCUGAGGUAGACGAGCCUAACACACAGUUUGUAAGCAUACCUGACGGCUUCUGGUGGGCUGUGGUUACCAUGACCACAGUUGGCUACGGUGAUAUGUGUCCCAUUACGAUGGGGGGUAAAAUGGUGGGCACCUUGUGUGCCAUCGCAGGCGUGCUGACAAUUGCUUUGCCUGUUCCUGUCAUUGUCUCCAACUUUAAUUACUUCUACCACAGAGAGACAGAAGCAGAGGACAAGCUACCAUUGGCAGAUGCUGUUGAGCAAGCCAUGAAGACAGAGAUGAGUUCAGAACAGGGCAGCAACACCUCGCUCAGUAAAGCCAAUGGCAUCCGACAAAUUGACAGAGGACAAUAACUACUGUGGAAGGGGACAAUUCUGAAUAUGAGACUUUGAACAAAGCUGGAAAGAAAUUUCAGCUCACAGAAUAGUAAGGGUAAAUAAGUGUUAGCAUUUCCCUUAACUGAUAAAAUCAGUUACAUAAAAUGUUUUUACUGAGUGAAAAAGUGUGUUUUAUAAGGACAAGCAGGAUGUACUGUACUAACCUCAUUGUGUCUACCAUGAAAUUGACCCCAAAAUGGCACAUAAGCAGAUCAAUUCACUUAGUUCAUGUUCAAGAUUGUAUGUCAGCAUAGUUCACUUUAUGUAAGGACUCAUCUUUUGUUGCAUAAAAGCAGAAAACACAUUUCCACUUUCUGUAUGUAUGUAUGUAUGUAUGUAUGUAUGUAUGUAUGUAUGUAUGUAUGUAUGUAUGUAUGUAUGUAUGUAUGUAUGUAUGUAUGUAUGUAUGUAUGUAUGUAUGAGGAUUAGUAUUUCUUAUACUUAUUUGUAUUGGCUUUGCUAUUGAUCCUUUUCAAACAAAGCUUUGAUAGUUUGGUAACAAGCUGCACAAACACAACUUUCAGACUGUUCCUUCCAGGACUAUGGCACCCAAUUCAUUUUGUUACAAACACAAGGCAGAUGUUGAUUUGGAGAAUAUGAAAAUUUGAUCUCAAAGUAACAAAGUUUUAAGCACAAGUUCUACGACAUCCGAAAGAUUUUGGUGUAUUAUCAAGUGUAACAGGAAAAUGGUCAGUCUAACAUAAAUAAGACCAAGAUGUACAAAGUAGCAUUGACAAAACAAACACAAUACUCCUGCAAGAGUUGUGAAUGAGUAACUUGUGAAUAGUUUCUUUCCUGUAUUUAUUUAUUUAUAUAAAAAUAUAUCUUGAUACUCUUCUAUUUAUUCUUUUUCUUUGAUAUGCAGUGUGGGUAACCAUCCUUCUCUGGUGUUAAAGGUCUGACUGACUGACUGACUCCACACUAUGUACUAUAAUGGAGUGCCUUAAAAUCUGUAACAAUGAGAAACUGAUGACUUUGCCAUACAUAUUCUUACUGUAAUAUUUGUCAUGUAUCAUCCAUAUAUGCUCAAUAACUGGUUUCAGCUUUGCUUGAAAAUGUAGAAGUUUUAACCUCUCUUUUUUUCCAACAAAGAAACACAUUCUGACCUUAACAUAGUCAAAGUGUAGUGGCUCCCCUCUUUCUGAGGUUUAUAUUGUCUGUCAAAGUUCUGGAUUUAAUUUACAAAUAUCACUUUUUUCAUUAAUUAGCUUCUAAUUACCUUUUUGUUUGACCUUCUGAGAAAGUGAACCUUUGGAUGGCAAUACAAGAAAAUGAGUCCCCCCCAAAAAAACCCUGAAGAUAAAAAGAUAAACAGAGAGGCCAAAGAUUGAUCAAUGAAUAAUGAAGGGAACUGGUACUCCGGAAGGGCCAUGAUGUGUCAUGAUUCAUCUUAUUUUUAAGGAGUUAUAGCGAAUUAUACUGUAUCAGUGUAACGGAUGGAAGAAAGCUUUAGAUCUGUAACUGAAAUCCAGAUAAGCAAACUUAUGAUCACAUUCAGAUGUGUUGUUGUCUGGUGUAAAGAUGAUAUGGUAUGAUGAGAUAUUUUUUUUAAUUGGUCAGUGCUUCAUCUGUAAAGUCACUAUUGACUUCAAAGGUAGACUCAUCUGAAGUGAUGCCCUGCAUCAUGGUAGCUACAACAGGUCAGAGUUAAGAACCCUAACAAGACCACUACACUGUAUCUGUAUUUGUAUUUGUAUGUAUGAUUACAUUUCAGUAUACAAUUUACUGUAAUGUCUGCAAUAUAUUCUGAGAUUUUAAAUCACA